UCCAACCUGUGAAACACUUAUUUUUUACUUGUAUAACUGUAUAACUCAAUCAUCUGAUAACUAAGCCUGUCCAAAUUACUCUAGAAGCCAAUUCAAGAAUGGAGAAACCGCAAGACCAUGAGAAUGAAAAUGGAGAUACUGUGAUUCCAGAUGGUUCAAUUUGUGGGUAUGAUUCUCUUCACACCCUUCUUAGCGCCAAUCUCAAACCCCAUCUCUUCAAGGAAGUUCACCGUUUGCUUUUUGGUCUAAACUGUGGGAAGGCACUUAAACAGAUUGAUCUCCCAAAAUCGGCUAAAGCAAUCUCGUCUGAACAUGAUUUUGAUCUGAAGGCUUUUUCCUUUGAAGCUGACAAGGAAUUACUAAGAGAACCUCGAGUAGUUAGGGUGGGUCUAAUCCAAAACUCUAUUGCUCUUCCAACAACUGCCCACUUUCUGGACCAGAAGAGGGCUCUUUUUCAGAAAAUAAAACUAAUCAUUGACACUGCUGGCACUUCAGGAGUCAAGAUAUUGUGCUUGCAAGAAGCAUGGAUGAUGCCAUUUGCCUUUUGCACUCGAGAGAAGAGGUGGUGUGAAUUUGCUGAGCCCAUUGAUGGGGAAUCAAUGCAAUUUCUGCAGGAACUUGCUCGGAAAUAUAACAUGGUAAUCAUCAGUCCAAUCCUUGAGAGGGAUGUUAACCAUGGGGACACUAUCUGGAACACUGCUGUUAUUAUUGGCAAUAAUGGCAACAUCAUUGGCAAGCACCGAAAGAACCACAUUCCUAGAGUUGGGGACUUCAAUGAGAGCACAUACUAUAUGGAAGGAAAUACUGGGCAUCCUGUGUUUGAGACUGCUUAUGGAAAGAUUGCUGUCAACAUUUGUUAUGGGAGGCAUCAUCCAUUGAAUUGGUUAGCUUUUGGCUUGAAUGGUGCAGAAAUUGUUUUCAACCCUUCCGCAACGGUCGGGGAACUCAGUGAACCAAUGUGGCCCAUUGAGGCCCGCAAUGCUGCAAUAGCAAAUAGUUAUUUUGUUGGGUCAAUAAACCGUGUUGGGACUGAGACCUUCCCUAAUGCCUUUACUUCGGGUGAUGGAAAGCCACAACACAAUGAUUUUGGACAUUUCUAUGGAUCAAGUCAUUUUUCAGCACCAGAUGCUUCAUGCACACCAUCUCUUUCCCGUUACAAGGAUGGCUUGAUGAUUGCAGACAUGGAUUUGAACCUCUGCAGGCAGCUGAAAGACAAAUGGUGUUUCCCAAUGACUGCUCGAUAUGAAUUAUACGCAGAGAUGCUAGCCAAAUAUCUAAAGCCAGACUUCAAGCCUCAAAUCAUAUCUGACCCCUUGUUACAUAAGAAGGCUUCCUAAGUUGCAGGUAAAUCUCAAUGUAAAAAAAUUGUAUUCAAUAAAAUUCUGGCUAGAUGGUCAGUGUAGAAACAAGUCUCUGGGUAUCUUCUUGUGUAAUUAUUUAAAAUAUUGUUAAUUAUCCUAAAAUCUUAUGAUAGAAGGGAUAAAUGAUGAUAAACCAUACAAAUUGAACCUUCCAA